AUGGAUGUGCGACUUCCGCGAGAGGAUUUGUGUGUCGAGACAUCAAUCGGCCCACGGGCCGUUGUUGAUAGCCAACUCGACUUCCACAAACCGCAAAGCAAUGCGCGAGCAUUCCAAAUUCUGAUAUGGCUGGCAGGGGACUGCAUCGUACCCUCUAGAUUGAACGUCUUUGUCGACUUCUGCUGGGCCUUUGGGUCCCUUCUUGCUUCCGAGACAGCGUAUAACGUCCUCAUCUACCCCAGGAUCAGUCCGCUUCGGCAUCUACCAACACCAAUACAGAAAUCCCUAUGGCGGCGCUUCUUCAAGGAGCCCACGCCGUGGCUUUUCGAGAAGUGGAUGAAAGAAAUACCCAAUGACGGUCUCAUUCGAUACCUCGGCAUCUUCAAUCAGGAACGCCUAUUGAUCACCAACUCCGAUGGCAUGCGUGAUGCCCUUGUCACCAAUCCCUAUCACUUCCACAAACAAAGAGCCCAGAAGAUUCACCUCGCACCUGUGGCUGGCAAAGGCUUGGUCUUUGCCGAAGGAGAGGCUCAUCGACUGCAUCGGAAAAAGAUGUCUCCAGCCUUCUCCUUGAAGCGAAUCCGCGAAUGUCAGCCCAUUAUGUGGCAGAAGACUAGAGAGGUUGUUGACAUCUUUUCUCGGCAGAUUCUACUCCAGUCGAAGGCGCGUGGCCUUAUCAAACAGUAUCAGCGCGAGGUAGAUCCCAGACGUUGGGAUGCUAAGAAUGCUCUAGCGCAGGUGACGGUCAUCGAAAAUGAUGAGGACUCUUCAGAUGAGACGUCAAGCCAGAGUAGUCUUGAUCAAGAAGAUGGCGAACAUUCUUCAGGCGUAGUCGAGGUGCAUGAUCCUAUCUCUCGCGCUGCUCUCGACAUCAUCGGGCUUGCUGGGUGCAGCUUCGAUUUUGAUAGUGUGAAGAAGGAUGAAAGCGAAAAUAGAUUGGUAAGAGACUAUAGAAAGGCCUUCGGUGUGUCCACGUCGAAUCGCAUCCGAUGUUUGCUCGCGCACGCUAUGCCGGCUUGGAUCGUCGACAACGUGCCAAUCGAGCGCAACAGAGACAUCGCCAUUGUGAAGAAAGCGAUGGAUCAGGUGGCCCGCAGUAUAAUUGGUCUGAAGCGACAAGCUGAGAUACCAGAAAAGUCGAACCCAGAUUUACUUGACCGAGUCAUGCACAACGCUGGCUUCUCGGACACCGUUCUUAUUGAGCAAGUCAAGGAGCUCUUCGCAGCCGGACACGACACAACCUCUUCAACCAUGGCCUCGGCCACGGUAAUGCUCUCCAGGCCAGAAAAUCGUCAUAUACAAGAGAAAGUCUGCGCUGAGAUUCGGAAGAACCUACCACCGCUUUCUAAUCCCAUCCUUGCGUCCGCCAUCGAAAUAGAGAAUUUGCCAUAUCUUAACGCAGUCAGGGACGAGACGCUAAGGUUAUUCCCACCAUUUAGCUGGUUCUUCCGCCGUACGGCAGUCGACACAAUCAUCUGCGGCCAUCGCGUGCCCAAGGACGUGGACGUCAUACUCUGUCCAUGGGGUCUGCACCGCUCGACGGAGAGCUGGGGCCCAGAUGCAGAGGAAUUCAAGCCAGAGCGUUGGCUGAAUGAUCCCUCCGGACGAGGCGGUGCAAAAGACGCGAGUUGUUUGGCUACUUUUGGUGGGGGUCCGCGGACUUGCAUUGCGGAGCGGUUCGCCCGGAACGAAAUCUCGACUUUGAUGGCCGGUAUCUUCGGGAGAUUCAAGGUGGAGCAAGUGGAGGGUGGAUCUGAGUCACCGUUAUCUCAUCAAUUGACUUUGACGAGGGUUGGGGGUGUGAAAGUUCGGAUGACUCCGUUGGAAGGCGUCGGCGGCGUAGGAACCCAUGUCCUUUCCCAACUCACCAAAAUUCUCCCCUCGUACCCUGACGUCCGCCUCGCCAUCAUCAGUAGCUCCACGAAAACCCUCAGCAUCCCCAAAGGCUCUAAAGACGACACGCUCAAUCUCAACACAUGGCACCAAGACCUGCAAGCCUCCCCCAAACACCUCACCAUCACCACCAUCGUCGAGAUGCUCGACGAGCUCCCGGGCAAGAGCAUCCUAAUCGACAACACCUCUAGCCCGGCGGUCGUAGCCGUCUACCACCACGCCCUUUCGCGCGGCAUCUCCAUCGUAACGCCUAACAAAAAAGCUUUUUCUGGCUCAAUCGCCACCUGGCGUGCCAUCUUCUCCGAAUCCGAAAAACAGCGCCAUAAGCGGCAGGGGUACCUCUACCACGAAGCGGCCGUCGGGGCGGGCUUGCCGAUCAUCAGCACCUUGAAGGAUCUGAUUGCUACGGGGGACAAAGUGAGGCGCAUCGAGGGCGUGCUGUCGGGGACUAUGUCGUAUAUUUUUAACAGCUUUGCGCCUGUGGAGAGGGAGGGGGAGGGGGAGGGGGGCAAGUUUAGUGAGGUGGUGAAGAAAGCGCAACAAGCGGGAUUCACGGAGCCAGAUCCGAGGGAUGACUUGAAUGGAAUGGAUGUGGCGAGGAAGUUGAUUGUGUUGGCGAGGUUGUGUGGGGUGCAAGUUGAGGGGCUCGAGAGGGUGCCGACGCAGAGUUUGAUUCCGAAGGAGCUGGAGGGGUGUGCGAGUAGUGGGGAGUUUCUUACAAGGCUGGGGGAGUUUGAUGGGGAGAUGGAGGGGGUGAAAAGGGAGGCAGAGGGGGAGGGGAAGGUGGUAAGAGCUGGUGGUGCUGUGACGGCCAUGGGCGUUACUUCGGAUCUUAUCAAGGUCUUGCAGCAGUUGUGA